GGCGCUUCAGGCCAUGCCGAAAAACCUGGAUACUGAAAGGUGGUCUUCAUCUAUCUAUGCGAGUGUCAGUUGGCAAGUGAGAUAGUCAAAGUCAAUAUAGUUAGAUGAUGGUCCUCCAAGCGCAAACGAAAAGACAUAAAGCGGCAACAAAGCAUGACAAGUGACAUGCUUUUGGCACUCGUUUCUACUUUGGGGUCGUGUUUUUCAAUUCUGAUGAGCGUCACCGCAAUUGCGUUUUGGCAUUGGCAUGCCUCGCUGUCCAACGCCAAUUGACUUCUUGCAUGUUCUUGCUGCGAUUUUUUAGCACGGACGGCAGGGGCUCUGUCUGCUGCUGUCCGCCAUUGACUGAUUGGAAGGCAAGGCGCAUUGUGAUGCACAAAGAACAGCACUAGGACUAAUUUUUCAGUCCGCCUGACACUCUGAUAUCUCACGAGACGCCGGCAAGUCACAAUGAGAAGGAAAAAAAAAGACGAAGCAGCAUUGCCAAGCUAAAAAAGCACCAUUGUCACACGAAAAUCUGAAUAUGUGUCAUCAUUAUUUUCCGCUUAAGUUUCUGAAUUUGUUUUUUCGAGAGAUACCGAGACGAUAACGAACCAGUUUAAUCUGCUCACUUUGUAAGUACUUAACUGUCUUUUGCACAUUUCCACCAAGGAGAACGACCUAAUCUAAGAGCAUGAGAUCUGCAUUUUUCCGUUUCACGACCGCUAAGACUAAAUAUGCAUUAGAUUUUUUACUUUUUUCAAUUUUAUACCUGUACAAGAAGCUUUGCAUACAAAUUUGAUUCCCUGCCGAUCCCUUUUUUUCAUCUUUUUUUUUGUAUAUUAUCGACGGAAAUACUUUCUUUUCUAUCAUCUUUGAGCGCUAUCCUUUGCAGCUAUUUCCAUCCAGACCCCAGAAAAAUGUAGAUUUCUAUUCAAAUGCUAAGACGAAUACUAAAGGCCCGUUGUAUCCCAGCAGGCUGGCAUUCUCCUAGUGAAACAGACAAAAAAUUUCGAACCCCAAAAUAAGCAGUUAUGUACACUAUAGAAAUAUGAAUUGUUAGACAACGCUAAAGCGAGCCUUUAUUUAACUUUGAAAAAAGAGAGCGCGCACGAAAGACGGUGGCUUCAGGCCGAUUCAAAACCAGAACGAGGACAUUUGCAGGAUGCGCGCCUCUCUCAACAAAUGUAGUAGAGGCCCCAGAAACGAGCACGACACGGAAUUACCGGUAGCCAGUGCGCCCCUGCACUAAGCAACGAACAGCGUUUACGAUCACGAUUCCAUUCUUCCGUUGCUUCUGCAUGAGCAAAGGCAUGAUCGAGGGAUCAGGAAGUCUAGGGAUGGCGCACCCGUCGGGGAAAAUCUGUUGAGCCCAUCUCGUGUAUCCCACGAGCUGGUAGUUUUGCAGGAGCUGUGGCGACCGCGAAAAAUUUGAGCAGCAUUACAUACUUCCGGAUAGUCAUACCUUCAUGGUUCGGUCUUGGCAUUUCUUCUCGA